AUGCCCAACAGACUAUCGAAGCUAUUCUCCUCUUCUGCCAAGGAGAAAGAGGCUCUCGCGGAAGCAGAGCGCAACCGUUCUUCGCCACCUCCAGAGUACGACCAACCUCCGCCAGAAUACGAUGAAGAUAACGUCUUGGACCCUCCAGAUAUCACAGCCGGCUUCACCAACCUUAACAUCUCGAACACAUCACAGUCGCCUGAUGGCUUUCCACAGCCUGCCGAAUGCAUAGCCCAUCUCAAAGUUUUGGAGUGCUUCUACCGUUUGAAGCAGACUGUCGGCUCGACGGAUGGCCUUUUCGGCAUCGAGGACAAGUUCGUGACCGGACAUACCAUCACACAAAGCGACAAAACCGGCGAGCUGCUUGCCAAGCUCGCCGAAAAGCGAUGGGCUGUCUAUCUCCACCGCGCGGUCGAUCGAUUCGAGACUUGGUCCGCAGCAGUCACUCCUUCUGCUCGCAUGGCGACUCGACCGAAGCUUGAGACACAAGGCAAGAAGGACUGGCUUCUCAAACGUGAGACGAUGGAUGGGCCUGUCAUCAGACUUGACAAGAGCAAUAUGCCACCUGCAGACGUGUUGAUGGUGUGGCAUGCUUACAUGCUCAACCCACGCGCAUACCUGGAAGACUGCCUCAGAUACGGUAGGAUGCCGCUCUGGCAUACACCAAUGCCGUGGAAGACGGCGGCUGAUUGUAUCAACUCCGAGACUUUCGCGUACGAACCGGAAGCUGGCGCGGAACAGUCGUUCACGAGCCUCACUGGACUUCCUUGGGACAAUCUGGCAGAUACCAACUCCAAAUCAGUACGAUGUCCUAAGUGCAACAAAGCGUCAUACGUCCCGUGGACGACUUGUUUUGGAAAAGCUCCCAAGGCCAACAUCAGCGACGACGCCAUCCUGGAGCGCUCAAUAGAUGAGAUGCUCAUGGCCGGUCGGGGAUACUGCGACAAAGACUUUAUCCACAAAUGCUUCGACUGCAAUGACUACACCACCCACGACGCACUGCGGGCUGGCAAAUACCGCAAUGACGUCAAGAAGCUCAUCCACGAUGAUGUUCCCAUGGCAGGCACGGUUCUCGGACACAAAGGCAUACCAUGGAUGGCCUUUGGAAAGAGAGACCUCGAAACUGAUGCGAACGACCUACCGAAUGAGCUGUUCAAGGGACGCCUUGGCAAAUACGUCCUUGCCGGCUUUGACCUUAGAGGUAAAGGACGACCUGAUACCGUCGAAGCCAUUAAAGACCUCGUUGAAGCGGCUAUCAAGAACAGCUCUUACCUGCGCGAAGCUAAGUCUUCGUUCAGUACGAGACUUACAAGAUCCGAGCGUAUUGCCAUUCGCAAGAUGAUGAGCCGGUACUGGGAGAACAGCUCUCCAUUCGCGCUCGAUCUUGUGGGUGCUGUCAUUCGACAGGGCAGCUUUAUCGAGAAGAUGCACAAUAUCGACUGGUUGCACUCACCCGCCUUGCCGAGCACGAUGGCUAGGCUGGUCAAGAAAUACCAAACCUUCAUGACUAUCAUGGCUGACCAUCCUCUCAACAUGGCUGUACCAACCCUGGACGUUGACCUCGCUUGGCAUACACACCAGCUGUCUCCACACGACUACAUGGAGUACACCGUUCUCCGCACCCGCCAAUUCAUCGACCACGACGACAAAGUCGUCGAAACAAAGCUGAACGACUCCUUCGCCUGGACCAGCAAGAUCUACCAGAAGAUUACCGGCGAGCCCUACUCCGAAUGCACAUGCUGGUACUGCGAGGCCAUCCGCGAGUCCAACACCUCAGCGACCAGCCGACUCUUCAAUACCUCGACCGCUAGAGCAAACGACAUGGUCCACGCCGUCGACCAAGACCCUCGCAAGAGCGUCCACAUAUCCGCACACAAUGCCGUGCGGCCUCACGACCAGGACAAAGCCUAUGACCUUGACUCUCGCGCCAAGGCCUACCAGCUCGAGAAGCAUUACCAGAAGGCUUGUGAGCGAGCUAGGAAGAAGGGUAAGCCGGAACCGAAGAGGAAUGAUUACUACUACUCCGAUGCUUGGGGAUAUCCGGUGUAUAUCCCGGCUUAUUCGCCGUACAUUGGAUUUGUACCCUACGCGCCUAUGUACUAUCCUGUCACGCCUGGAUGCAUGGCCGUCGGAGCUGGAGCUGUGGGUAAUUGCUGCUCUGGGACUUGUGGAGCUGGAAUAGCUGCUGGCGGUACGUGCGCUUCAUCCGGCGGCUGUGCUGGCGGCGCUGUAGGUUGUGGCGGUGGAGGCGCAGGUGGAGGCUGUGGAGGUGGAGGUGGAGGUGGAGGCGGUGGAUGUGGUGGCGGAGGAGGUGGAGGUUGCUGA